AUGCUUCUCAUCGGCCUCACAGGCUCAAUCGCCACAGGAAAGACGACAGUAUCGUCGAUGCUCUCGUCGAGUCCAUAUAAUCUGCCAAUUAUAGAUGCAGACAUUCUAGCGCGCAAGGUCGUGGAACCUGGGACUCGUGGAUAUAAUGCCAUAUUGAAGCAUUUUGGACCUACGACGCCUGAUCUGCUUGUGGAGCCUUCAGAAAACAUGCCAGAAGAUGGACCCAACGGCCAAGGGAGGCCAUUGAAUAGACCAGUCCUUGGAAGGCGUGUGUUCGGCGACACUGAGGAGCGGAAGAAAGACCGGGCAGUCCUCAAUGGCAUCGUGCACCCAGCUGUGCGGUGGGAGAUGUUCAAGUCCGUGGUUGGCUACUACUUCCGAGGUCACUGGGCUGUGGUUCUCGACAUUCCUCUUCUCUUCGAAAGUGGCCUCGAUCGACUCUGCGGUGUCGCAGCGGUAGUAGCUGUUCGUGAUCCAGCAGUUCAGAUGAAACGUUUGCGCGCGCGUGAUCCUCAUCUCAGCGAGGAAGACGCCGAGAACAGAGUGCGCAGCCAGACAGACGUGCGGGAGAAGGCGCGGCGAUGUGAGGAGCGAGGAGAAGGAAAAGGAUUCGUGCUCUGGAAUGACGGGUCGCGGGAUGAGUUGCAGGCGCAGUUGGGUAAUGCUAUAAGGGGGUUGAAGAAGGCCAAUCCUGACUGGUGGACGUGGCUGUUGCUUGGAUGUCCACCUCUUGCGGUCGCAGUUGCAACAUGGAGAUUUUGGGAGAAUCUCAUUAUCAACGAGAGGUGGGAGGAGACGAAGUUGAACGCGAAGCUGUAA